AUGUCACAUACAGAAAAUGAGCAAGCAUCGCAAAGCAGUAGCGUCAUUCACAAACUUUCAGAUCAAAUUGUUUUGGUAGGACCACGCAAAGGCGGUAAAGGACAAUAUGAAUACAUUAUUCUUUCGAACUGGGCCCGGUAUCCUCUCAUUGGACUGGUACGAGACACUCAAGUUUUCCAUAAUAGAUACAGGCAACAGUUAGAAGCCGAAUUGGAAAAGGAAGGAUUCAUCAACGAUUACUCAGGGUAA